CUCCUCGCGUGGUGCACUUUUCGCAAGUCUCUUUGGCCGUUCAAGACGGAGCAGAAGUGGAAUUAGGUCCUCAGUUGAUCUCAAGACGAACAGUGGGGAAGACGUGUUCAGCGAUUCUCCUAGACCCAGGCUGGCCCCACUUGUAGCAGGUUGGACAUGCAGUGUCCUGCUGGUGGGGAAGUCAUCUCCUCCCCGGAAUCAAAAUGACCAGAAAAAAGCACCCAGGUCAGAUCCAAGGUAUCACCAACCGCAAAAUAAGGAUGAGGAUGAUGUUAACAAUGAAGAACUGGAAGCUAUCCACGCUAACAGGCCUGGCCAUCGUGGCCACGGUCCUCUUAGCAUUCAGUCCCUUAGUAGAGGCAAAACCUGAGGCCCAGCCAUUGCCAAACCCGGACGCCCAACCAGAUCCAAGGCCCAAGGCACAAGAUCCAAACGGAGAAUACAACUACGAAGACUAUGGCGAAUACGGAAACUUCGAGGGAGACUAUUAUGAACAAUAUGGAGAGCAAUCAGGCCAAGUUCCACCAAACAAUGAAUAUGACACUGACGUGGUUGGAGUUAACCCCUGUGCUGGGGUUCAAUGUUUGGCUGUAAAUUGCCCAGUGGAGACCUAUACCCCUUUCGGAGAGUGUUGCCCUGUUUGUCCCCAAGGGUUCUCAGAACCCCAAGAAACUGUCCAACCUUCCUACCCAUCAGAAACUGAAGAACAAGAAUAUGGACAACCAGAGAGCGAAACACCAACAGAGGUUGAUGCAAACAGCGCCCCUGGGCCUCGCGGAGGUCCUGGUCGGCAGGGAGAGAGUGGAAGACCGGGUGAAGUCGGCCUUCCAGGAGUCCCGGGUUACCCUGGUGUGCCAGGUAUGCCAGGACCACCAGGGCCACAACCAAACCUAGAACCCUUCAUUAGCCAAUUGCAACAAUCUGCUGGAGGCGAAAAGGGUCCUUCACCAGAUCCAUUUUCAUACAUGCAAGCCCAAGUGGGACCUGUUGGGCCACGAGGGUCUACAGGCAUGCAAGGACCACCAGGGCCACAAGGGUUUCAAGGACCCCAAGGAGAGAGUGGUGAUCCGGGACCAUCUGGACCACCUGGUGCUCUAGGACCAAGAGGAUUGUCAGGACUUCCUGGCAAAGAUGGUGAAAGUGGACAAGAUGGGGAGCCUGGAACUCAAGGACCUACGGGGCCUCCAGGAAAACGAGGUUUACCUGGAAUGCCUGGCCUUCCAGGUCCGAAAGGUCAUCGAGGCUUCCCAGGUUUGGAUGGAGCAAAAGGAAGUAUUGGCAGCAUUGGAGAAAAAGGAGAAUCAGGAGGUCCAGGUGCAAUGGGUCCACCAGGUCCAAUGGGUCCGGCAGGUCCAAGAGGAGAAAGAGGAAGGGAAGGAUCAUCUGGUCCUCCAGGUCUUCGGGGCAUUGAUGGGAUGACAGGUCCUCCAGGCGAACCAGGCUCCAUAGGGAAACCUGGGCCACCUGGGUUUCCAGGAAUUCCUGGUUCAAAAGGAGACAUGGGAGCUACUGGCCCCAAAGGAAGCCCAGGACUGCAAGGUCCUCGAGGUGAUUCUGGAAUACCUGGACGUCCUGGGGAACCAGGCAAAAUGGGGCCACCCGGGAAGGAUGGAUUUAAUGGAGAAAAGGGAAGUUUAGGAUCACCUGGCGCGCCAGGUCCUCAAGGAUUUCCGGGACCAAGAGGGAGCCCUGGCUUGAAUGGUAGCCCAGGCCCUCUUGGUCCAAAAGGAACAGCUGGACAACCUGGCCGUGAUGGACCCAAAGGAGAGAGUGGAAUGAAAGGAGAGCUCGGUCAAAUGGGACCUAGAGGUCUACCUGGACCAACUGGAUCUGCCGGAAGAAGAGGUCGUAGAGGAAUAAGAGGUCCAGCUGGACCUCCUGGACCUCUUGGAGAACCAGGCCCGCCAGGAGGACGAGGCAUGCCUGGAGCAGAUGGUCCAGCAGGACCAAAAGGACAGUCCGGAGACCGCGGAGUUCCUGGAUCUGCAGGGCCGAAGGGUAAACAUGGAGACACGGGAAGGCCGGGGGCACCUGGUCUUCAAGGCCUAAGAGGAGCACCAGGUAGAAUUGGACCAAGAGGGCAACCAGGAAAGAUUGGACCUCGUGGAGAACCUGGUGCUGAUGGAAAAACUGGCGAAGUGGGGCCACAAGGACUCCAAGGUCUUCCAGGUCCAAUGGGUCCUCCAGGCGACAAAGGUUUAAUCGGCCCUCCUGGUCAAGAUGGAAAUCCAGGGACACCUGGCAAUCCAGGACCCCGUGGAGACCCUGGAACAGACGGUUUAACAGGGCCUCAAGGCCCACCUGGACCAACUGGACCAUCUGGUGAAAGAGGCACUCCUGGUCCACCCGGACCAAGAGGGUUUCAAGGAAUGCCAGGAGCCACUGGCAAGGAUGGUCGAAAUGGAAAGGACGGAGAAGCAGGAUUGCCUGGUAGAGCUGGGCUUCCUGGUGAGCAAGGAAAACAAGGCUCACGGGGAUUCCCUGGUGAGCGGGGAGCCAUUGGUGGCCCUGGAGCUCCAGGUGAACGCGGUGAACCUGGUGGUCCUGGUCUAGAUGGUCCUCCGGGUGACAUUGGUCCCAAAGGAAAUCCAGGUCACAAAGGUCCACCAGGCUUAGUGGGUCUUCCGGGUCAACGAGGAAUGCCUGGUCCUGCAGGUUCUAAAGGAUCCUCAGGAGUUCAAGGUCCUGUUGGUCCUGGUGGACCCAGAGGAAAGCAGGGAGAGCGAGGUCUACAAGGUGUGACAGGUUUAGUUGGCCCACCUGGCGAACCUGGAGCACAAGGAGAUCCAGGAUCCCCUGGCCCUGUAGGAGAAACCGGUGCUACCGGAAUGAUUGGCGAACGUGGUUCCCCAGGACCACAAGGAAUGCAAGGAUUUCCUGGUCCACCGGGCAUACCUGGAAUGCCAGGUGUCAAAGGUGGCCGUGGGCUCCCUGGAGCCAAGGGUGAUCAAGGGAACCCUGGAUCAGUCGGUGGGCCUGGGGCUCCUGGCCCGUCUGGAUUAACAGGACUCCCUGGUUCCAAGGGCGCAAGAGGUGAACCAGGACCACGAGGAGAAUCUGGAAUGAUGGGACCUCCAGGUCGACCAGGCUUAGCUGGACGAAACGGUGAGCCUGGACGACAAGGGCAAAUUGGAAUGCCUGGAAUUGCAGGCAUUAAGGGAUCAUCCGGAAGCCGGGGCUCUCCUGGAAGAACAGGGCCAAGUGGACCCCCUGGAAUGCCUGGUGCUGAGGGGCCAAAAGGUGGAGUGGGAUCUGAUGGACCUCCUGGUCCAUAUGGAAAUCCAGGACCUGCAGGCCCCCCUGGAGAUAGAGGAUCGCCAGGUUUACCUGGUCCCACAGGGCCAGUUGGAGGUAUGGGCCCACGUGGUACUCAAGGAGAACGCGGAGAAUCAGGACCACCAGGAAAGGAAGGGGAGCAAGGACCAACCGGUUUACCAGGACCUCAUGGUCCCCCUGGAGUACGAGGAGAGCGUGGAGAGCAAGGACAAACUGGCAAACCAGGAGCACCUGGAUUAGGUGGAAGGCCUGGAGAUAAGGGACCCCCUGGAUCUGCUGGAUCCAUGGGCCCUCCAGGUGGGCCUGGACUUCCAGGCCCACCAGGUAAAACUGGAAAUUCUGGACCCCCAGGAGAAAGAGGAGACAGAGGAGACUCAGGACCACCAGGCAUUGUUGGACCACCGGGAAUGAUUGGUAAAUCUGGCCCCCCUGGAUUGCAAGGCCCUCCAGGAGAGGACGGUAAACAUGGAAUGAAGGGUUCAAAGGGACACAGUGGAUUGAUUGGGCUUCAAGGGCUUCCUGGCCCAACGGGCCCCCCUGGAGACAAGGGCCCCCCAGGCAAUAAUGGUACCCCUGGAACUCCAGGAGAGCCAGGGCCUCGUGGACCACCAGGAAUGGAUGGAAUUAGUGGCCCUCCCGGCCUUCAGGGACCCCCAGGGCCAAGAGGUAUGAGUGGUGAUGAAGGCAAGCGUGGACCUCCUGGAGAAAGAGGAGACACUGGUCCACCCGGGCCGCCAGGACAAAGCACCGGGUAUGAUGCAGCAGCUCUCGCAGCUCUUAUGAGCCAAGGCAACACUAAGGGCCCUGAUCCAUUGGCAAGUGAUCAGCCACUUGGCAUUAGUCCAAAAGAUCUGAAUAAUGAGCAACAAAAACAAUUGGUCAUUCAAGCAUAUCACAAGCUCAAGGAGUCUUUUGCCGAGUUUGCCAAACCAGAGGGUAAUCAAGAAUCUCCUGCCAAAACUUGCCGAGAACUGAAAGUGGCCCACCCUAACAAAAAUAGUGGAGAGUACUGGGUGGAUCCCAACGGCGGAGAUCCUAAAGACGCCAUUCUAGUGUAUUGUGAUAUGGAAAAGAGGGCCACGUGUCUCCAGCCUAAGCCGAUCGUCACGGAAGAAACCACAGUUGAGACAAGUGAGAAGGAGGUCUGGUUCUCUGACAUUCCUAGCGGGUUCAAUUUGAAUUACAAGGCGGACAGCAACCAGAUCACCUUCCUUCAAAUGCUCUCUACCAAAGCCAGUCAAAACAUCACUUACCAUUGUUCCAACUCUGUGGCUUUUUAUCAUGCCAAGCGAGAUCAUUACCGUAAGGCGGUGACCCUAAUGUCGUGGAACGACCUGGAAAUCCGUCCCAGGGGCAAAUUUAGAUAUACAGUACCUGUGGACGAAUGCCAGCACGAAAAUGUGGACUGGGCUCAGACGAUCAUCAGUAUGAAAGACACCAAACCUGCCCGUCUUCCCAUCCUGGAUGUGGGCAUCCGUGACAUUGGAAACUUACGUCAGAAGUUCAAGAUUGAAGUGGGCCAAGCUUGCUUUGAAUAAAAAGACAACUUCGACAGCUUUCAGCUUGUCCUUCCGGGGGCCCGAAAAAUUCUGGUCUUGGUCAUCGAAUGGGACGUCCUUCAGACGAAAACCAUCUGAAAACACAUCGGGAAAGCAAAACAACCAACAUCCAUUCAAAGCAAAAGAAUCAUGGCCAUCCCAAGUUCAAGGCUAGGUUUUUCGUCCUCCCCAAGGACUCGUUUGAUCUCAAAAGUUCAACCUCAUUUAGGAUUCGACCGAGUUUUUGUGCAAUUGCGGUGGACUACAAAGUGAAAGAGAGAAAAAGCGACCCAAAGUGGCAUUGAAGAUGGGGUCUGAAUCCUUGUGUUAAGUGAACCCUGUUGCUCAGACAGGUAAAGACUGUAGAUUAAAGAAGUCGAUCCACAAAAUGAUCACAAAAAUCGUCUAUAAUAUUCUUAAUGUUAAUAUUUGUUCUUUGAUUUAAAAAAAAGAUAUGUAAUACUAUUUCUCAAUCCACAUGUAUUCACUAUGUGUAAGUCAGAUGUUCGUUAUAUUUCACAAAAAAAAUCUGAUCACUUUUCACUGCCAACUAUUUCUGCUCAAUGCCAGCCAGACAUUGGAUUUUUAAAAUUUCAUUGUGGCAUCCUUCGCUCUUCAGUUUUCACCACUUUUCCGCCUUCACUGCCAUCAGUAAGAUCUCUACAAGUUGACCCACUGCGUUAAUUGAUUCAAAAUUCUUACUCCUUGAUAAAAAAAAAAAGUAUGGAAUGGCUUCAAUAGUUCAAUUAAUCCCCUUCUCUUCCGCAACUAUAGCUUUUAAGCCACUUACAGAGCCUUUGAGCCUGACUCCUACCCUCUAUUUUUGUGAACGAUUAUGAUUGUCUUUGUGUGAUAUACCGUGUCAAAUAAUCAUGUUUAGUUGAUAAGAGGGCAUGAUUUGAAUCUCGUGUCAUGUUACGUUCAAUUGAGUGCAAUUUUAUUAACAUAUGGGCAUUGUCAUACUACGACUGUUUCAAUUAUCAUUUAUUGAAUUUGACAAUAUAUUAUAACAAGCAAAA